AUGGAGUUCAACUUUGUAUAUGUUCCACAAAAGGCAAUGAAGGGAAGAGCAUUGGUAGAUUUUCUUGCCGAUCAUACCUCGCCUGAAAUUGAGUCACAAGUAUAUGAUGAGCUUGACUCGACAUCCAUAUUCAUGACUCCAUGGACUUUAAUGUUCGAUGGGUCAAGUACCAAUGAAGGCUCGGGAACUGGAGUCAGGGUGCCGAGUGGAAUGAAGGAGAGGAUAAUGAAGAUUACACGCCGAUCUCUUCCAUCAGCUAAAGCAAGAAAUCAAAUUAUGGAAGAAUUUUUUGCCACUGAUGUUGCCGAGUUGGAUGAUGAUGAUUGGCGAAUCCCUUACAUCCUGUUCUUGCAACAUCCAACUCCGGAAGUCGAUAGAAAAAUAAAAAGAAGUGCAGUCAAUUAUGUUCUUAUGGAUGGAGAUCUUUAUAGGAGAUUGGUUGAUGAUGGAUUAUUAUUUCAGUGUAUUAGCAAGUUUGAAGGUUUAAAGAUUAUGGCAGAAGUGCAUGAAGGAAUAUGUGGAACUCAUCAAGCUGAUUGUCAAAAGCACGUUCCAGUGCAGUGGGUUCCAGCAAUAGAGAUGCAAUUGUUGGUUAAACCGUGGCCUUUUAGAGGUUGGGCCAUGGACUUAAUCGGCAAGAUUAAUCCUCCAUCUUCAAAGGGUCAUCAUUGGGUAAUUUUAGCCACCGUUUAUUUCACUAAAUGGGUAGAAGCCGAGGAAUAUGUCUCAGUAACUCAUAACACGGUGAUACAGUUUUUGGAGCAACAUAUCUUUCACCGAUUUGGUUUAGUAGAAACAAUUGUUGCCGAUAAUAGAUCUGUGUUUCGAGCAAAUGAAGUAUUACAACUCGGCCAUGAUAUGCAAGUGAAAAUGGUGAAUUUAACACCCUAUUAUGCUCAAGGGAAUGGCCAAGUAGAGGCUUCAAAUAAAGUUGUUAUUGAAAUUAUUGAGAAAAUAAUAAAAGAUAAGCCAAGGCGUUGCCAUGAAACCCUUUCAGAAGCUUUGUGGGCUUACAGAAAUUCGAAGCGAAUAAGUACAGGGACAACUCCUUAUAGGUUUACAUUUGACCACGAUGCUGUGUUACCAAUGGAGUUAAAUGUAAAAUCGGUAAGAGUAGCUUUACAACACAAUCUUAUACCUGCCGAUUACAACGAAGCUAUGCUUGCCGAGUUAAAAGAUUUAGAUGAAGUCCAAAAACUUGCUUUAGACCACCUUAUGGUUCAUAAAGCAAAAGUAAUGAGGGCUUACAACAAAAGAGUGAAGUUCAAGUUAUUUGCAGAGAGUGAUAUGGUUUGGCAAACAAUUCUUUCACUUGGGAAGGUGGAUAGAGUUUAUGGCAAGUGGUUACUUACUUGGAAGGGUCCAUAUUUGGUUCAUCAAGUAUUGCAUGGAGGCGCUUACAGGUUAAAAGAUCUAGAUGGUGAAAUCUAUGAGAGACCAAUAAAUGGAAGGUACCUGAAGAAAUAUAAUCCAACUAUUUUUGAACUUAUGGAGGAAAAGAAAACCUCCACUAAGUAA